AUGUCGGCCCCCGUGCCAGUGUCAAGAUGCGUCCACCGCAGCGCACGAUCAAUUGCGCGCUGGACGCCCCGACGCGCAGUCCCCGCGAUCGGCUUCAUGUCAAGGACUGUUCGCAUGACGACCACCCGGCCGGUGCCCCCGCAGCGAUUGGCCGGCGUGCGGCUGUUCACCGCCGGCCGACGAUUAUACGACGCCGAGGAGGACGAUUCCUUCGACCCGGCCUCCAUUGAGCGCGAGUCCGACGAGGUCGACGUGUGCAUCGUCGGUGGCGGACCUGCGGGGUUGAGUGCCGCCAUUCGGCUGAAGCAGCUCGCCAACGAGGCCGGCAACGAGGACUUCAGAGUCCUCGUCCUCGAAAAGGCCGGCGACAUGGGCGCGCACAUUCUCUCGGGCGCCGUUAUCCAGCCCAGCUCCAUCAAUGAGCUCAUCCCCGACUGGCUCGACGAGGAGAACCCCAACCGCUUCGAGCACGCGACGCCCGCGGCCAAGGACCAGAUGAAAAUCCUGACCAAGAACAGUUCUUUCCCCGUCCUGGCACCGCCACAGAUGCACAAUCACGGCAAUUACAUUGUCAGUCUCAACCAAUUCGUCAAGUGGCUGGCCGAGCGGGCCGAGGAGAUUGGUGUCGAGGUGUAUCCCGGCUUCGCAGCUGCCGAGGUCCUAUACGACGCUGAUGGUUCCGUCAAAGGCGUGGCCACGAAUGACUUGGGCAUUGGCCGUGACGGGAAGCCCAAGGAUACCUUUGAGCGAGGCAUGGAGUUUCACGCCCGAGUCACCAUGUUUGGAGAGGGCUGCCACGGCAGCUUGAGCAAGCAGGUCAUCAACAAGUUUGAUCUCCGCAAGGACAGCCAGCACCAGACGUAUGGCCUGGGCAUCAAGGAAGUCUGGGAAGUUGACCCCGAAAAGUUUGACAAGGGACUGAUUGUUCACACCAUGGGCUACCCUCUGCCCAGGGACGUCUACGGCGGUUCCUUCAUGUACCACUUUGGCGACAACAUGGUCAGCCUCGGCCUCGUCGUCUCGCUCGACUACCAAAACCCAUGGCUGUCACCUUACCAAGAAUUCCAGAAACUCAAGCAGCACCCCACGUUCAGGAGCGUCCUCGAAGGGGGCAAAUGCAUCUCCUACGGUGCCCGCGCCCUCGUCGAAGGCGGAUUCCAGUCCAUCCCCAAAGUAGCCUUCCCUGGCGGAGCCCUCAUCGGCGACUCGGCAGGUUUCAUCAACGUGCCCAAAGUCAAGGGGACGCACAACGCCAUGAAGUCCGGCAUGCUCGCCGCCGAGGCCGCCUGGAACGCUCUCAGCCAGACCGACCAAGGCACCGUAUUCCUCUACGACUACGAAGACUCACUCCGCAAAUCACCCAUCUGGAAGGAACUCAAAGAGGUUCGCAACAUGCGGCCCUCGUUCCACUCGCCGCUCGGGGCCAUCGGCGGCGUUUUGUACUCUGCCCUGGAAGCAUUCGUCCUCAAAGGCCGCGUUCCGUGGACCUUUAAGCACAAGACGCCCGACUACGCGGCUACCAAGCCCGCCGACCAGUUCCCCAAGAUCGAGUACCCCAAGCCCGAUGGCAAGAUCUCCUUUGACAUCCUGACCAGCGUUUCCCGAACCGGAACCAACCACGAGGAAGACCAGCCCGUCCACUUGCAAGUCAAGGACUGGGAUGCGCAUACCGAGAAGGCCUACCCCCCCUUCAAAGGUCUCGAAAAUCGCUUCUGCCCGGCCGGUGUAUACGAAUACGUCGAGGAUGAAUCAAAACCCCACGGUGUCCGUUUCCAAAUCAACUCCCAAAAGUAA